UGCCCCUGUACCCUUUGGUCAGUACUGAUGUUGACAGCUGAAUAGUAAUUAGAGGAAGCAGUGUCUGCAUCAUGUGACAGUAUGGUUGGUAGCACAUCACUUCCACUACCCCAUUUCAACACUGUGCUUCCAGCUUGCUCAUGUUCUCAAUAUUUACCUUUUUUUUCCAUUUUGCUUUGGUGUUGCAUUCAAAUAUCAUUAUUCAGUUAUUUGCCAUCAUGGAAUUAAAACAGUGCAUCACUCCAGUGUAUUGUCCUCUGUGAGUGAGAGUACUGUUAAUAUAUUAAGCAUGUAAUGUGCUCACAAGAAGAUAUACAAUGGCUUGGAAUGCAUCCUGUCUUAUAGAUGACUUCUGGUAGGAGAGAAGAUUUUAGAUGGGCAGGUCCCAAACAAGGUAUGGUGAAUUUAUCAUUAUCAUCACAUACCAUUGUAGAGGAGUAAAAACUUUUAUUCAACCACAUGUAUUAUUGUAAUUAUUAAAAAUAAUAUUUUACCAUUAUAACAGUAAGUACAUUUAUAUUAUUUUUAUGUCUAUACUAUUAUCUUUCACAGGUUUUGAAUUACUACAGUGGGAUAUUAAUCUUAUGCUGGCUAUAAACAGUGUAGUGUUGUUCAUUAUUCACUUGUUCUUGUGGUAACUUGUCUUCAAAGGAUAGAGACCUAGCACAAAUUGUAUUGAAAAAAAAAAAUUUUUGUUUUGAUAUUUCCUGAAAAGCAUUAAAUAUGCAACAAAUUCAUUUAACAUAACUUUAUUCCUUUGGUAGACAUAAAUCCUGAACUGUACCCAAGUUUUUAUGACACUUCCGUAAGAAAAACAGUCAAAGCAUGUUAAAUCAAAGCAUGUUAAAUGAGUCUGUAUUUUUCUGUGACUUGGUUUCAAUAUGUUGUGUAACCUCCAUUUUCAACUGACUGACGUGGUAUCAGCAUGAUUAGAUUUAUCUGUGGUAAGUCAUGUAUUUCUCGGUAAUGAGUACAUUCAAACUCUGCAUGUCUGCAAAGCCCUAUUGUAGUUCCCCUCAACGCUUGCCCGUCCACAGCAAUCCAGAGACAUUCUGCAUUCUGCAUUAAAAUUCACAGAAAUAUGUCAUGUUUGAGUUUGUCCCCUGCAGAGGUUAACUUCUCGUCACUUUUGUUAACUUCUUUUCACUUAGAAAAUCUACAAAGCAUGCAAUUUGACUAGGGGUGCCCAAACAUUUGCAUAAUGCUAUACAUCCACCCGUCAAUAUAAUUCUUGUUAGGAAGCAACGGGUUCCUGUAGUAUUUUGUAGUUCCUGUAGUAUGUCGUACUGUGUAGCCUUACUUAAAUAAUUGAUGGGUAAUUUGUGGAAAGGACACAACCUUAGCUGUGCUUAUGUUUUCUGACCUCAAAUGUCUUGUUAAGUUGGUGGUUUUUUUAAAGGUCAACAUUCCCCCACUCAUUCAGAUUGUUUCUUCAAAACACCCCCUCAAAAAUAACAGAAAUACAAUACAGUAAUUACAUUGAAUUUCAAUGCAGUUUUAUAAGUAUGAAAAUGAAUAUUAAGCAGUGCUGUCAACUCAAAGACUGAAACUUCUCCACCUCCACCCCUGAGCAGUUUCUUCACACCCCCAUGGACCGAAAUCUUCAACCAGAAAUAUUUCUGGCACGCAAGCUGUUAUCUGAUACAUAGCAUUUUCUUUAAACUGUCCAUGUUAUUUAAAGUUAUAAAAUCAAUGUGAUGCCAGGCUUGAUUUGGAGAAAUGCUGUGCAUGAAUGUAGAUUUCUUUCUUUAAUUCAGCAAUAGUGCCAUUAAUAAUAAUUAACAUAAGAAUUGUUUGUAUUAAAAUAAUUGUUUGCUGUCCUCAUUCAUAUUUUAGGCUCCUUACUGUGAAUAACUAAUACAACUUAACACAAGAGCAAUAACAACAAAAACAAUUGCAACAAAACGGGAAAAAGCUGAACCUCAAAAUCAAGAUGUCUUUGAAGACUUCUGUCAGUUCAGAACACAGACAGAUGGUGACAUCGAAAAGCUUGCGCAAGGAAGUGGUUAUAACCAUUUGCUCAGUUUUAGCCAUUGCACACAGACACAUAAGCAAAAGACAAGUGACAACUUUGGUGGAAGCAUAGGCAGAUGAAAGCAGACAGUGAAGAAGGAGCACUUUUCACAGAUAUCUGAUUGAGCGCCACGGGAGCAUGACUCAAAGCGUCAAGAUGAGCAAGUGCAAUCUCACAGACAUGGACAACAUGAUGGAUUCUCUGCGGCUGGUCAUCUACAUCCCCAUCUUUGUGUUUGGGCUCAUCCUGAACACCACCGCCCUGUUGGUCUUCUGCUUCCAGCUCAAGAAGUGGACCGAGUCCACCAUCUACAUGACCAACCUGGCGCUGAUGGACCAGCUGCUCCUCUUCUCCCUGCCAUUUCGGAUGUCCAAUUCCAAAUGGGCUGACAACAAGAGGGUCUUCUGCUCCUUUCUGGAGAGCCUGUACUUUGUGAGCAUCUACGGCAGCAUCUACACCAUCACGUGCAUCAGCGUUGACCGCUACAUAGGCGUCAGUCACCCAUUCAAGGCCAAGCAACUGCGCUCCCCGCGGAAGGCCCUGCUCGUGUGCGCCACUAUCUGGGCGCUGGUGUUCGGCGCCACCGCGCCCGUCUACGACUUCCACCCCGGCGACGAAGGCAGCUUCCGCUGCUUCCACGGCUUCUCGGACAAGGGCUGGCACCCGGCGCUCAUUGGCUGCCUGGAGGUUUUUGGCUUCCUGCUGCCGGCGGCGGUGCUGGUGGCCUGCUCCGCCCGGGUCGUCCGUGUGCUCCGGCGCUCGAGAGAGCGCAGCCCGAAAAACCAGGCCUGCAUCCGGAUCAUCUACAGCGGCCUAGUCGCCUUCCUGGUGCCCUUCACCCCCAGCCACCUAGCCAUCCUGCUGCAGUUCUUUGUGCGGCGAGGUACCAUCACUGACUGCACACUACAGGCCAACAUCACCGUGUUCGUCCAGCUGGCCAUGACCCUGGCCAACGUCACCUGCUGUCUGGACGCCCUCUGCUACUAUUUUGUCGCCAAGGAAGUCCGCACCUCGAGUAUCAGGAGGUCCUUCCGCCAGUGGAGAAGUACAAUUAACUCUGGCAGUCUGGCAGGAAUGGAUCCUCAGAAUUGGACUGAGCUGAGUGCCACACAAAGGAUUGGGGGGCCAGAGGGCAGGGGGCAGGAAAGCUUAGUGUGUGCGUCACCAAAGACAAACACCCCAACCACAGCCAAUGGAAGAGCUGAAUUAGUUCGGCCUAAUUCGACAAACAGUCCGAGUGUCUCUGGUUAGAAGUUGUACCCUGUGAUGUGACAAAUGUGGGUGUUCCCUCCUACAAAACAUACUGAAGGUAUCUGUGCUGUGGCUUUCACAGCAGCAACUUCCUUUUAGCAGUUGGUUGGGGGUUGCACUUUAGAAGGGGAGGAUUUAGCGUGACUCAGUGUGGACAUCCAUCAGUUAAGAACAGUGAUGUCAUAUACUGGAAACAGGAAUGUUGAUGUUCUGGCUAAACCAAUUGCCACUGGUAUCACAGCUAGUUUACAAUGCAAGAAAUCAGGACAAGAAUCUUAAGGUUUACGGUUUAAGAAUCUCAAUCAAAGGUUUAAAUUGUAAACAAAUCUUCUCUUUGCAAAUAAAAAUCAUAUUGCACUGCAAUAUACAAUGCCCAUUUGCAAGUGUAAGCCCAUCGAAUCAUUACUAAAGUGCCUAUCACUUCAAAAGGCUCACCAACAGGCACCCACACCCAGUUCACCCAGCUGAGCUGCCACAGCUACUGCUUCAGCCCUCUGAGUACUGAAUAGCCCUAACAGAUUACAUAGCCAGGCUCAAAUCUGUGCCAAAUGCAGCCCAGCUGUGACAGGGAGUCCACUGCAGGAGGACAUAACCGACUUACACCCAUGACGGGUAGGGUGGUUUCAAAUUGGCGGGGCUUCCUUAGGUACCAACUGCCUUAGGUCCUCCCAGUGUUGGGGCAAGGCCCUCACAGGCAAGCAGCUGUCAUGAGUAAGAAAAAACAUACAGUUAGUGCUAUUAUGCCUGCCAUACUGUAUAGAUUUUAGUGCUGAAACAGUAACCGCUUUGCAUGCAAGUGCAUUAAUGCUCAUGCGACUCAGCUCCAGUGAUCCUUGUGUAAAUGUGGAGACGCAAUUCCAAACGGAGGAGACAGAAAGUGAGAGUCAUGAGACUGCUGGGUAGAUUAUUAAUAUUUUUAUCGUCUUCAAUGCCCUCACACAAAUCUGAGCAUAAACUCUGAUCUUUUAUCCCUUGCCAUAGGCACACACUCUUUUCACUUGAGUACAGUUAGUGAUACAUAGAUCUUCAGUAACAACCACAGAUGUUUGCAGAUGAACACACCCAGUCUGGUUUUCAAACAGAAAGACGACAUGAUGUGUGGCUGCUCAGAACUACACACAGAGCCACACGCACCACAGGCUCACUUGCUCACAGGAAGUCAGAAACAAAAUGGGUGUACUGUAUACUGGCGGUGCUAAACUAAACAGACCUUUCCUCACUUAAAAAAGGAGUGAAAUAUUCCAAUGGUGAAAACUAGAAUGGUGAACUCUUUCAAUGCAACCUUUAUGUAGUUUAAUUUGAAGAUUCAUUUAAUCAGUGGGUAGGUGGGUAGUAGGUGGCCCGUUACACCAAAAAUUACAAUCACUUUCUGGAGCACAGAGACCCAUUUUACUUGACUGUGCUACUGUCCAACAGGGGGCACCAAUGAUAUAAGAAUCAGUCGCAUAAUUAUCUAUAGAUCCUAAUGGCCAGGCUUCAACUUUCAGGCAGCAUGCAAACAAUAACCAUGGUGAUCAUGAGUCAUCUAUUUUUACUGUUUAAAGUUGAUUCUGCAAGCUCACUGACCAAUACCUAAAUAUAUCUUAAUACGCAAAUACGAUUGUUCAACAAGGAAGAACACAGAAGUCUACGAAAAGAUGUUCACCUUGUUUUGAUGGUGUUACCCAGAGCCAUAGAAAGAGAGAGUCGCGUCAACUCCGUUCACUCCAACGGGCCAAUUAUUUUACAGCAAUGGCAGAUCGUGGAGAGUCUGAAUAGUUCCAAACAUUGGGAGCUAGUAGCAGCAGCGCCGUAGAGUAGCAGUGUUUUUGACUCUGUGAUACACUUUUAAAAGGUAAGAAGAUAAAAUCAACAGCAUUUUUGAUACUUUCUUAUUUGCACAUUUGAAUCGAAUUAACAAUGAGUUAAAGCAUGUUAGCUCAUUAUUUUCCGCCAAAGUAGUAGAUUUAGCUAACGUUAACAGAACAUUAUGGUAAGAAUUGUUAUGGUAAUUGUUUGUUAUGGCCCUUCUAUGUAUUUAGGUUGUUAUCUGACCCUUUUUUGUCUGCCAAAUAAAUGUCAUAAUUUUUCACACA